UUGCUGCAUAACUUGAAAAAAAAAAAACCCUACCUUUUCCUUUACGGCCGCCACCGAGACCCAGGGUUCUCGCCUCUCGCUUCCGCUCCCCUCGCCGUCCGCCGCCGCCGCCUUGUCACCGGAGCAGCCAUGGUGGUCGCGAAGAAGACGAAGAAGAGCCAGGAGAGCAUAAACAAUAGGCUCGCUCUCGUGGUGAAGAGCGGGAAGUAUACCCUGGGGUACAAGACUGUCCUCAGAUCCCUUCGGAAUAACAGAGGGAAGUUAGUGAUCAUCUCAAACAACUGCCCUCCUCUUGAGAAGUCUGCAAUUGAGUACUAUGCAAUGUUGGCCAAGGUUGGAGUCCAUCAUUUUAAUGGGAAUAAUGUUGAUUUGGGAACAGCUUGUGGCAAAUAUUUCCGAGUGUGCUGCCUCAGCAUUAUUGAUCCAGGUGAUUCUGAUAUUAUCAAGAGCAUGCCUGGUGAUCAGUGAGAAUGACCAUUUCUUUUGGUUGGCCAUUCAAAAUGUUCUUCUUAUGGGGGGGUCUGAUUGGUUAGGGGUUUCUUGUUAAUUUUUUUUCCUGUUAGCUCUGCUAAAUUCUGGCAAGAGAGGUAGCUGUUGGGCAGAUAUCUAGCUUGAAUAUAUAGAUUUUGAAUUCUCUUUUUUAAUUAUUACAUUUGACACAUAAAUUUCUUUUCAAUUGAUUAUCUAGCUUCACUAUCUCAUUUUCUUUUUCUAUAAUGUUUUUGUUGCUUAACUUAAAAGAUCGCUACAAACAAUAUGAGACUCCUGUAACUUCUUCUGAAAACAUUUUGAGGUCUUGUGGGUGCUUAUUAGCCAUGGCCACUGAUGUGAUUGUAACCUCGAACACUGAGGAUUGAGAAUAUAUUUUUUCACUGCUCUUUCUCA